AUUGAGCCUCUGUCGAAUCUGAAUGUCAACGUGCAACAGAUGGAAAACUUGAUACUUUGUCACCCGAGGGCGUCUUCUGGCCAAGAUCCUAGUCAAGCGAUAAUAGUCAAAUGUGAAGUUCCGCAGACUAUUCCCAAUGACCAUGUCCUGCUAGAAGUCGACCGCUUCGGUUUCUCCGCAAACAACGUGACGUAUCAAGCUUUGGGCGAGGCUACGCAUUUCAGGUAUUUUGAAUUCCACCACAUUCCCGAGGCAGAAGGAGUCUCCUCAAAAACUCAUGGUGUGACUCCUGUGUGGGGUUUUGGUACUAUCAUCAAGUCCACGCACCCUAAAGUCCAUCCUGGAGAACGAGUAUAUGGAUACUUCGCCCCAGCACGAUAUCUUUUGCUCCAGGUAUCCCCGGACGUGAACAAGUAUGCCUUCUUUGUGCCCCGACCUCAUCUUCCUCCAGACCGCCGACCAUACAAUCAGAUUACACGGUGCGCCCAGGACCCAUUAUAUGAUCCAUCGCCGACUGCGGAAGAUCUCACAAUGCUCUACCGUCCUCUUUUCUGGACUUCGUUUUGGUGCGAGGACUGGCUCAAUUCGUCCAAUUACAAGGGAGGAUCUGCUCAGAUCCUUAUAUCUUCUGCCUCUUCAAAGACCGCCUUCUGCCUGGCCUAUUUGAUUCGCAAACGUAAUUCUCUACAGGGGAGUUCGACUAGAAGAGUUAUUGGACUGACGUCAACAAAGAAUCUCGCUUUUACGAAACGUCUUGCCCUGUACGACGACGUUUUCGACUAUGAGUCAUCUGAUACGUCACUUGUCAGGAACCUCGCACAAGGACACUGGAUAUAUGUAGACGUCGCAGGUAACGAUGCACUUAACGCCAGAGUGCGCGACCAUUUCCGUGUAUGUGGCGACUCUGAACUCGUCACAUGCAUUUCGCUCGGCUUGACGAACGUAUCAGCUUCCACAAUCGAACCCUCGUCUGCUAGCUGGGGUUUCGGUUCAGAGGCUCCGCAGGGAGAUGACCCAAAGCUGGAACAUUUUUUCAUGCCUGAAUGGCUUGCUAUCCGCAAGCAACAGCUUUCGGUUUCUGCGAUCACUCAGAUGCAGAAGGAAGCCUGGACCAGGCUCAUGUCUGACUGUGGAACUUGGGGUGUGUCACUUCGGCGGGUUUGUGGUCCUGAUCAGGUGAAGGCUGCAUAUGAAGAAAUAGUCAGGUGUGGACUAGCGCCAGAGGACGCGUUCGUAUGGAGUCUGUGUGGGGAGACCGAGGAGUGUGGUUCAACGGCGAAGUUAUGAUGAAAUAUUGCGGUCGGAUUACAUCUUAUCGUUCUUUGUCAUACCUCCGAGGAUCGACACUACUCAUAACCGAUAUAUGUGGCUUGUCGUGGCCUUGCUUAAUUGACCAAAACCAUGCUGACAUUGAUGCACCUCUCAGGGGUCAUAUGAACAAAACCCAUUGAUAGUUACAGUAAGCUACCUCCUAGGUCAACCAUGACAUAUUCUAAUCACCUCGGGGAAGCUUUUAAGAUCAAUUACUCAAGAUCAAAGCUGUCACGCUCUUAUGCUAUUAGAUUUUUACAAAUAUUAUUUGUGUCCCGGGCCCCGCAAGUCAGGCCUCGGGGCCGAACAUGAUUUGAAUUGUCCCCCCGAAACAAAU